GCCCCACUGCACUGGUCUGUGCCUCUAUACCAGGAGAGUCCUGGGGGGAGGGGUGGGGCAGGCACGCCUCUCCUGCCUCGGGUGUGCUGUCUCCCUCCACCCCAAGGCCUGUCUCCAACCCAGGCCCCAUCCAGCAUGGGAAUGGGACCAUCCCUGCUUGGGGGCCACUCCGCAUGUGCACGUUGGGAUCACUUUGCUGAGCCUGGGUGGGGUCGAGACGGGUGAGGGGCAGGACCUCUGGGUUGCAUUGCGUGUGGGCGCCUGUCGCAGCCGUGAGCUGGGCGGGUGCAGGUGGGCGGUGUCCUGCUGCUCAGGUCAGGGCUCGGCGGGCGCCCGGUGGUGGACAAGGCGGGGCGAGGUGGUCUUGAUAGCGCUGUGGCCGGCGCUGAGCCAAGAGUAGUUUGGAGCUCCCGGACAGGUGGCUGGCGGUGCCGGGCGUUGGCUGUUUGCCCUGCCCCCGCCCCAAGCGUGGAUCCAGCCGUGGGACAGGAACUGCCUGAGCUCGGGCCAGAGAGUUAGUAUUUGUGCAGGCGCCGCAGGAACGGGCUCCGCGGACGACGGGCUCCAGGGACGCACAGGCAGCGGGCCUCCCACCGCGGGUGCCGGGGGGCUGCCCUCAUGCGGGGCCUUUCCUGGUCGCGGCCUCGGCCGCUGCUGCUGUUGCUGCUGCUGUCGCCUUGGCCCGUCUGGGCCCAGGUGUCGGCCACGGCCUCGCCCUCGGGGUCCCCGGGCGCCCCGGACUGCCCCGAGGUGUGCACGUGCGUGCCGGGAGGCCUGGCCAGCUGCUCGGCACUCUCGCUGCCCGCUGUGCCCGCGGGCCUGAGCCUGCGCCUGCGCGCGCUGCUGCUGGACCACAACCGCGUCCGUGCGCUGCCGCCAGGUGCCUUCGCGGGAGCGGGCGCGCUACAGCGCCUGGACCUGAGCGAGAACGGGCUGCACUCGGUGCAUGUGCGAGCCUUCUGGGGCCUGGGCGCGCUGCAGCUGCUGGACCUGAGCGCCAACCAACUGGAAGCACUGGCACCAGGUACUUUCGCGCCGCUGCGCGAGCUGCGCAACCUCUCAUUGGCCGGCAACCGGCUGGCGCGCCUGGAGCCCGCGGCGCUAGGCGCGCUCCCGCUGCUGCGCUCACUCAGCCUGCAGGACAACGAGCUGGCGGCACUCGCGCCGGGGCUGCUGGGCCGCCUGCCCGCUCUAGACGCACUGCACCUGCGCGGCAACCCUUGGGGCUGUGGGUGCGCGCUGCGCCCGCUCUGCGCCUGGCUGCGCCGGCACCCGCUGCCCGCGUCAGAGGCCGAGACGGUGCUCUGCGUGUGGCCGGGACGCCUGACGCUCAGCCCCCUGACUGCCUUUUCCGACGCCGCCUUUAGCCAUUGCGCGCAGCCGCUCGCCCUGCGGGACCUGGCCGUGGUCUACACGCUCGGGCCGGCCUCCUUCCUCGUCAGCCUGGCCUCCUGCCUAGCGCUGGGCUCCGGGCUCACCGCCUGCCGUGCGCGCCGCCGCCGCCGCCUCCGCACCGCCGCCCUCCGCCCGCCGAGACCGCCAGACCCGAACCCCGAUCCCGACCCCCACGGCUGUGCCUCGCCCGCGGACCCAGGGAGCCCCGCCGCUGCCGCCCAAGCCUGAGCGGCCGCGGCCGCCUGGAGCGCUCGAAGCUUCCCCCAUGCCUUUGCCCUCCCUUUACACUGUCUGCCGGCGUCAACAAGCGACACAGACCGAAAA